GGAAGUGGCCUAGGGCUGGUUAUCCAUUGGUGGCCACUGCGAGCACUGUGGGUCUCUAGAGCCAUGCGUCCUGACCAGGCCUCGUCCUGGUACCGGCGGAUGUCGGUUGUUUAUGCACUCGGCGCCUGGUCGGUGCUGGGCUCUGCGUUCUUCUAUACACGGAAACAGAACGUAUCAGACUGUCAUUUAGGGCAAGAGGAUGGCUCAAGGGAUGAAACACCUAUUUCUACAAGUGAAGACUCUGAUUCAACAACGGAGAUCUCUGAGCCUAUUAAAGGGCUUUAUGUGAAAACAGUUGUAAAGUAUUCAGGAAACUCUGUUCCAGUUACUCAAAGGAUCCUGGACUAUCUGAAGUCGUGGACUGGUGGGCCUCGCCCGGAGUCAUGAUCAGCUGCUGAGUUCUGAAGAUAAGGACUUAGCCCCGUACUUAAAAGAGGCCUUGAUUUCCAUUUCAUGUUGUAGAAAGAAUGUAUUUAAUCUAACUUUGUAAAACAUGGUUAUUAAUAAUGGGCAACAAAGCUGGGCGUGGUGGCGCACGCCUUUAGUCCCAGCACUCGGGAGGCAGAGGCAGGUGGAUCGCUGUGAGUUCGAGGCCAGCCUGGUCUACAAAGUGAGUCCAGGACAGCCAAGGCUACACAGAGAAACCCUGUCUCGAAAAACCAAAAAAAAAAAGGGCAACAAAUGUUUUCUUGCAGGAACUGAACACAUAAUCCAAGAGCUGGUCUUCUAUGUUUACGUGGCUAAAAGGUUGAUAUGAAACCAUUACUUUUUAAAA